UCUCCGGGGCUCCGGCGCCGCCAUCAUGUCGACAGCCAUGAAUUUUGGGUCCAAGAGCUUCCAGCCGCGGCCCCCGGACAAGGGCAGCUUCCCGCUGGAUCACUUCGGCGAAUGCAAAAGCUUUAAGGAGAAGUUCAUGAAGUGUCUCCGCGACAAUAGAUUCGAAAAUGCUUUGUGCAGAAGUGAGUCGAAAGACUACUUAGAAUGCAGAAUGGAGAGGCAAGUACCUGCUGGCAAUGAACGACUUCUGGAACCUCCCAGCACUCCCAUGGAAACAUUUUUUUUUCCCCAAGAGGUCAUUGCAGCGGGCCUCCUUCAUCCCCCAGGUUCCAAGCCUUUGUCUUUGAGAACGUAGAGUGGCUCGCCCCUGGAACGGAGGCCUGCCAGAUUCAGUGGCACUGAAGGUUUCACAGUCAUGGGGACCCUGCGGAGAGGGAGCGCGUCUUACGGGGUUGCAUUCCUGAGUGUUUUCUCUGCACAUUUGGGAGCUGCUGACCCGUCAUUAAGGUUUCAGAAUCGUACAUCAUAAAAAUGCUGACGGAGUCAAAAGAUGUGCAGGUCGUGGGCACAGGGUUUCUUCCUCUCACGUUCUCAGACCAUAAAAAUACCGUUUGGUUCCACGUAGCUCAGCAGUGCCUGAAAUAUGACAGGGGAGACAAUGGGCCAUUCAGAAACGGUGAAACAUGGAGGUUUGUUCUGUCCUGACCAGAACUGACCAGCGCUCGCUUUUUUUUUUUUUUUUUAACGUUUAUUUGUUUUUUUUUGAGACAGGGAGAGACAGAGCAUGAA